ACAUAGAUAGCUAGGAAACAGCUUGUAAAAAUGUAUGSAGUAUACUGAACWUGGGAAAAAGCAAUGCCGGCGGACCAGGAUCUGCUGUAGCGAGCGACACCUGGUUCAAUCGUUCAUCGAUGUUUUUUGCAGUUUGUUUUCCCCCACCAAUUUGUUUGUAAAUAUGCGAAGAUCAUACCGGCUAUGAUCAAAGAAAUACGACGUAAUAAAAAAAUGAAUGUGCAAAAAACAUGGUUUGGGCUCCUGGCAUGAAAGGGGAAAAAAGAAAAAAAAAUGAGAAAGUUAAACAGGGAACCAUAUGUAAAUUGAGUGUUGCUACCAGUCCUACGCGGUCAACCAAAACAAACAUGGCGGAUUCAAGGAGAAUGAUAGAAUUCUUCGUUCUUGUAGUUUUGUUUCCAUUUGGCCUCCUUUUCUUCACUUAUGACCAWAUMASCACCAUUUUAUUACAGUGGACAUCCAAAAAAACUGCACAAAAUAUKCCAUUACYGGGCUGCCCGGCUAAUUAUUAUUCUCUGAACGAUACAUGUGAAAAAUGCCCGUUCGGCGAGUUUAGUAUGCCGGGAUGGAUUGGCUGUAUGACAUGGCUUAACUGUGAUAAWAUCUCUCAUGAUGUACGAGUACGAAAGAGAAUCGGUAAACCAGGACAUUUAAAUGCCGUGAAAGAGGUAUAUUUGGCCGAUUGGUCAGGAUACGAUGUUGUAUAUUCGACAUGUGCUCAUGAAAUGUUUUCUGAGGAUUGUAUGCAUGGCAUGAACAUGGUUCAGGGUUUACAAGGAAGUUCGUUUGUUGUACAGCUCAUUGGUGUUUGCUAUGAUAACCUCGAGGUAUGUUAUAUUUUUAUAUGUCGGCGCCACACAACUGCUGAAGACUUGGAUCAGUUGCUAAACAAACCAGAAUUAAAGAAAUACAACAGCAUACAGACAAGAUUUCAACUAAGCYUUGAUUAUGUGUCAAUAUUAGAUUUUCUACACAACAGUCCUCUAGGAACACGCGUCAUGUGUGAUACUAAUGAUAUUGAUAAGACGCUGUCGCAGUAUUUGAUAUCAAAAGACUUUCGCCUAGUAUUGAAUGAUGUGGAUGCCCUUCCACAGGUAAUCCAUCAACAAGGACAGCUCAUUAAAUGCGGAAGGAGACAGAUUACUGGAACGUUUGUAGCACCAGAGCAAUUAUGGCCCUUCAAGGAUAAACAAUUCAGUGAUGAUGAAAUGCCAAGUUAUGAUGAGAAAAUAGAUAUUUAUAGAAUUCCUAGUGUUGUUGAUAGACUAUUGUCUAGGGUUAGUAAAAGUAAUGAUGUGAGAAGACUCUUGUUACAUCUUCAUGAACAGUGUCGACUGCCUGAUCCUAAAUUGAGACCCUCAGCGGCAGAGGUCUUAAAAGAGUAUUACAAAGUAUUAGAAAUUAUUAAUAUAAAUAUUAAAGAUGAAAUUUAACAUUCUGUUAUUUAUUAUAGUUUAGUGAAAUUCAGCCAGUAGUCCAUAAUUUUUGUGCUAUUUUGAAAACUGAUGAUACCAUAAGGAUCAAGUC